UUUUGACAAUCAAGUUUUCAACUUCAACCUUUUCAAAAAUUUGACAAUUUGUCAUGCUGACCUAGUACCGAAUGAUUUGUCGUGGCUGUUUGUGAUUAGAAAUUAUAGAGCUUUUUGGCUGGGCAGCUUUGCCUACAGUUUGCAGCAUAUGAUUGGGCGUUGAAAUUUUUUUAUAACUUAUUACUCCGCGUAUCUCAUCAGAAAUGUCUAUGCUAACAUUAGUGAUACGAAAUGUGCCGCGAAUAGCCAUACGAAAUUUAAGUAGUUAUGUGGAAAAAGCAGCACUUGAAGUGCCAUUGAGGCAAAGGACUGUCUAUCAUGGUACCAAAAUAGUUCGCAAGUACAGUAUUAAAUCAAAUCAUGGAGUAUCAGCAAGGUUAUGUUGUAGGACUCAUGAAACAAUCAGUGUGCGGACUGAUAGAUAUUUUCGAACAACCAGUGCCUGCCUUGAGAGUAUGGUGGUCAAGGUGCCUCCCUUUGCAGAAUCUGUUACAGAAGGAGAUGUUAGGAUCGAGAAAAAGGUAGGCGACCACAUAGGCCAAGACGAAGUAGUGAUGGAGAUCGAAACGGACAAGACAUCGAUGCCGGUCCAUUGUCCAGCGGCCGGUAUCAUCGAGGAGUUCUUGGUGAAAGACGGCGAUACAGUGAAGCCCGGUCAGGACCUGUUCAAGCUGAAGGUAACCGGCGAGGCGCCGCCCCCGAAACCGGCUGCAGCCGCCGCCCCCCCGCCACCGAAGCCUGAGCCUGCCGCUGCUCCACCACCGCCGCCUCCACCACCGACACCGCAAGCUGCUGCGCCACCUCCGCCUCCGAAACCAGCUGCCCCAGCCCCGGCUCCCCCUAAACCAGCCAUGCCCAGCAGCUCGAUACCUGUAGCGGCCAUUCGGCACGCUCAGUCUUUGGAAGCGGCUACCGUUAAACUUCCACCUCAGGACUAUACAAAAGAAAUAACUGGAACGAGGACCGAACAGCGAGUGAAGAUGAAUAGAAUGCGAUUGAAGAUAGCAGAACGAUUAAAGGAAGCGCAGAAUGUAAACGCUAUGUUGACAACAUUCAACGAAAUCGAUAUGUCUAACAUAAUGGAAUUCCGUAAAGCCAACCUGGAAGCUUUCCAGAAAAAGUACGGGAUGAAGCUAAGCUUCAUGUCGGCGUUCCUGAAGGCCUCCGCAUAUGCGCUGCAAGACCAGCCCGUAGUGAACGCUGUCAUUGACGGUCAAGAGAUCGUGUACAGAGAUUACGUAGAUAUUUCUGUAGCCGUAGCCACGCCUAAAGGACUCGUCGUACCUGUCAUUAGGAACGUGGAGAGCAUGAAUUUUGCUGACAUCGAGAACGCUAUGGCGCAACUGGCUGACAAAGCCAGGAAAGGAAAAAUAGCAAUAGAAGACAUGGAUGGUGGUACCUUCACGAUUAGUAAUGGAGGUGUGUUUGGUUCUCUUAUGGGAACACCAAUUAUAAAUCCGCCCCAAUCGUCGAUAUUGGGUAUGCAUGCAAUAUUUGACAGACCAGUGGCAAUCAAAGGACAGCAGGUUGUGAUUCGACCAAUGAUGUACGUCGCCCUGACGUACGACCACCGAUUGAUCGAUGGUCGUGAGGCUGUUCUUUUCCUAAGGAAAAUCAAACAAGCCGUGGAAGACCCGCGCGUCAUCCUAGCCGGUCUAUAAACCACUGCCCGCAGCGUAAGUCAUCAAAAACCGUAAAUGUAUAAGUGAAAAAUUGUCGAAGCACUCACACAAUCUUUCAACGUCGUCUCAUGAAAUUGUGUCUCGUAUAAGUAAGAGGGAUCCCCAGUCAUAUUGUGAAAACAGUUGCGUCUGACAAUAUAGUUCAGCAAAAAUCCGCUUCACAAUGUUCACCAGAAUUUCAACUGAAACGAGCUUUUCUGAUUUAACACAGAAACCGUCAAACGUUUAUGAAAUCGACCUUGAUUAAAUAUUUUUAAAGAAAAAUUAUCAUUGCAAUGAUUGCCAAUUGAUGAAGAGCUACUGGGGCAAUACAAAAUGACGGAAUUUCCUGAAACGAUGACGCACUAUUAUAAUAGAUUCAUAUGUAAAAUAAUACUACGUAAGAUUUACGUAUUGUAAAGUAUUCAGCGACGGUUACCUAUCUUACAAAAAAAAACUGUAUCGUAUAUAAAUAUACGUGUUUUAAAUUAGGUCUAAUUUAUUCUCUCUCUUUGUUGUCGUGGUGGUUUUCUAAGAUUCAGUAUGUUUUGACUAAGCAAAUAGAACAAUCUGUACAUUUUUUGUAGGAUCGACCUACCGCUUUUAUUAUAUUAUUUAUUGUUGAAUAAAAAGUUAAAACAAUAAAUUGUAUGCUUAUUUCAAU